CCCCGCCCCCUGCUCCUAUUCCUCCUCCUGACCCUUUUUCUCUUGGCUCCAUCGGCAGUUUCUCCAGGACUCAGCAGUGUCCUCUGUCCACUGCCCUGGGCUGUUCUCCACCCCACCCCCACUGUGAGCCCCUAACUCAGGAUUCAGGACCCAGGGGCCCCUCCCCACCCCAGCUAACUUCUUCUGGACCAGGAGAGCCGACCCACGUCCCACUACCUCCAUGAGCGCUGCAGACAGGAUGGGGGCCAGAGCUGUGCAGGGCCUGCGGCUGGCAAUGCUGUUACUGCUGGUGCUAGGGACCCCUAAGUCAGGGGUGCAGGGGGAGGAAGGGCUGGACUUUCCUGAGUAUGAUGGUGUGGACCGUGUGGUCAAUGUCAACGCAAAGAACUACAAGAAUGUGUUCAAGAAGUAUGAGGUGCUGGCACUGCUCUACCACGAGCCCCCCGAGGACGACAAGGCCUCACAAAGACAAUUUGAGAUGGAGGAGCUGAUCCUGGAGUUAGCAGCCCAAGUCCUAGAAGACAAAGGUGUUGGCUUCGGGCUGGUGGACUCUGAGAAGGAUGCAGCUGUAGCCAAGAAACUAGGACUAACUGAAGAGGACAGCAUUUAUGUGUUCAAGGGAGAUGAAGUCAUUGAGUAUGAUGGCGAGCUUUCUGCUGACACCCUGGUGGAGUUUCUGCUUGAUGUCCUAGAGGACCCUGUAGAAUUGAUUGAGGGUGAACGAGAGCUGCAGGCGUUCGAGAAUCUUGAGGAUGAGAACAAACUCAUUGGCUACUUCAAGAGCAAAGAUUCAGAGCAUUACAAAGCCUACGAGGAUGCGGCGGAGGAGUUUCAUCCCUACAUCCCCUUCUUUGCCACCUUCGACAGCAAGGUGGCAAAGAAGCUGACCCUGAAGCUGAAUGAGAUCGAUUUCUAUGAGGCCUUCAUGGAAGAACCUGUGACCAUCCCAGAUAAGCCCAAUAGCGAAGAGGAGAUUGUCAACUUCGUGGAGAAGCACAGGAGGUCAACCUUGAGGAAACUGAAGCCUGAGAGUAUGUAUGAGACCUGGGAGGAUGAUCUGGAUGGAAUCCAUAUUGUGGCCUUUGCAGAGGAAGCAGAUCCUGAUGGCUAUGAGUUCUUGGAGACCCUCAAGUCUGUGGCCCAAGAUAACACUGAUAACCCUGAUCUUAGCAUCAUCUGGAUUGACCCUGAUGACUUCCCCCUGCUGGUUCCAUACUGGGAGAAGACGUUUGACAUUGACCUGUCAGCCCCACAAAUAGGAGUCGUCAAUGUUACUGAUGCGGACAGCGUAUGGUUGGAGAUGGACGACGAGGAGGACCUGCCCUCCCCUGAGGAGCUGGAGGACUGGCUGGAGGAUGUGCUGUCGGGCGAGAUCAACACAGAGGAUGAUGACGAUGAUGAUGACGACGAUGAUGACGAUGAUGACUAGUUGCUGUAGCUACCAUCUCCUAGCCCCACUUGCUCUCCUCAGGCUUCCUCCUGCCUUCCCUGAGCUUCUCCAGGGACACUAGGUCAUUCUCUGACUAGGGCCCACUGGGGUCUGUAGGCUGAGUGCUGAGACUCUGAUCCCCCUCACUUAAUGAGGGAAGGAGCACUUUUCCCUACAUACCAGCCGACCUAUCUCAUCUGACUUCUGUUUCCUGUCCAACAAUGUCCCUGUAUCUAGUAUUUGUUUCUUCCAUCACUCCCUACACUCUUUCUUCUGAUUUUCUUGCCAUAUCUGUGGGCUCCUAUCUCUAUUCUGUUCCCUCCACUUCUGCACACUCUUCCCCCACUCUCUUAAAUCCUAUAUCCUUCUGACUGUCCUAUCCCUGGCCAGGAGGAAGGGAGGGUUCUGUGGGGCUGUAUCUCACCAAUCUCUUGUUAAUGUAUUUGGGUCAAAUAAGAGGCCUCAAUAAAGGAUCUGGGGCAGCAUGA